AGACAGAUGCUUAACAGCAAGCAAGAUAAAACUCUCAAUGUUUUUCUCUUCCUUGGGGGUUGGCAUCAUCUCAGGGUCCCAGAAAUUUGCAUCGCCAAAUAUCUCAAGCAAUUGAAGAGGGAGGAGGAGGAAGACUAAGAAGGGAGCAAAGCAAUCCCGUGUCUGAUGAUGAGGAGGACUACUGAAUAAUUAUUUCAGCGAUUUUUAGAAUGUAGUCCCGCUAGGAAGAUGUAGGGCUCUAAGGGCUGUGGAGCGCCCCAACCUAACCCUGUAAAAUUCUUUGGGGAUUAUUCUUGGAGGCACGCCUUGGAACCUCUCCUCUCCUGCUUUGGUCCAGGACCUUGCUGGGAUCUAAGAAGCUGGAGCUUGGGGAGUAGAUGGGAGAUUUCUCUUCCAACACUCUUAGCUGACUGGGAACUCUUGUAUAUUCAGCCAACACUUUUCCAGGAGAGGCUGGAGCACGAAAGCAGCACAGGGACAACCAUCUUAAUAGUGAAUUUUAAAUUGCCUUUAGCUCCCUUGCUCCUUCAAGGGAAGUGGGGACUCCAGAACCCACCCACCCCGCCUCCAUCUCAUCUCCCUUCUCCCCAGCCCCCAUCCUAGUUGCCCCCAGAUCUAGCUUCUCCCGCCUCCACAUUCUAUCCCAAGGCUGGUCUACGCGCCUUUGCAGGCUGCCACCACGAUUGCAGCCACCUCCACCUGGAGGGCAGGGGGGCUUGACCCUAGAUUGAGAGAAUCUCUCCCCUCCUCCAGGCUGGGUGAAUGGUCUCGUGCCAGUGCGGCGCAGCUGCCGCUGAGGCUGCCACCACUGGCCCGGGACUCCCCGCCCUUGAGCCCAUACCCCAACACUGCUCCCUCCUGGCGGGAUCCACGAGAAUUGCCCUGUGGCCGCCACCUCCUCCUACUCGCCUUCUACCCAGAGGAGGAGUGACGAGUCUCGGAAGUCCGGGCGGCAGCGCUGCCCCGGGCUAGCCUGAUUGUCCCCGUCCCCCCCCCCCCUUUUAUUCCCCCCCCCCCCCAGCCUUCCUUCCUCGUCCUUCUCCUCCUCGGCGUCCUCCUCCAUCAUCAUCUCCUCCUCCUCCCUCUCCACCUCCAUCUAUCCCCUUCCUGCUGCCGCUCCUGCCCCCGGUGGAUGCCAUCCCAGAGCCCGCGUGCUGCCACCGGGGAGGGGGGCUCCUGGGUCCGCCGGCUCAACCCGGGGAGGCGUACAUGCCCCAGCUGCCCUCGGCUCUCACCAGCAGCAUGCUUUAUUUCCAGAUGGUGAUCAUGGCAGGGACGGUGAUGCUGGCUUAUUACUUCGAGUACACAGACACAUUCACCGUCAAUGUACAGGGCUUCUUCUGCAACGACAACGCCUACCGCAAGCCCUACCCGGGCCCGGAAGAUAGCAGUGCGGUGCCGCCGGUGCUCCUCUACUCGCUGGCCGCAGGGGUCCCCGUCCUAGUGAUAAUAGUUGGAGAAACUGCUGUGUUUUGCCUACAACUAGCCACAAGGGAUUUUGAAAACCAAGAAAAAACAAUUUUAACGGGAGAUUGUUGCUAUAUAAAUCCACUGGUACGCAGAACUGUCCGAUUUCUUGGGAUUUAUACAUUUGGGCUGUUUGCUACAGAUAUCUUUGUGAAUGCUGGACAGGUAGUGACAGGGAAUCUGGCUCCACACUUCCUUGCACUCUGCAAGCCCAACUACACAGCUCUUGGGUGUCAGCAAUUCACGCAGUUCAUCAGUGGUGAAGAGGCCUGUACUGGUAACCCAGAUCUCAUCAUGAGAGCUAGAAAAACCUUCCCUUCCAAAGAGGCAGCGCUGAGCGUGUAUGCAGCGAUGUAUCUGGCAAUGUACAUUACCAACACAAUAAAAGCCAAAGGAACAAGACUUGCUAAACCAGUUCUAUGCUUGGGCUUAAUGUGUUUGGCUUUUCUUACUGGACUCAACAGAGUAGCAGAAUAUCGAAAUCACUGGUCAGAUGUAAUAGCAGGGUUUCUUGUUGGAAUAUCUAUAGCAGUAUUUUUGGUCGUAUGUGUGGUAAACAAUUUCAAAGGAAGACAACCAGAAAAUGAACACAUACACAUGGACAAUCAGGCACAAAUGCCAAUGAUCAGCAUUCCUCGAGUAGAAAGUCCCCUAGAAAAGAACCACAUCACAGCCUUCGCAGAAGUCACAUGAUGUUGAACUGGAUGCUUUUUCACUGCACUGGACAUCAUCCCUUUUCACAGUCCAUUCAUGAGUCCCAAAGUUUUUUGACAGCAGGAUCAGUUUAUAAAAAUGUCUGGUUGCUGAUCAUUCAUACAAUAUUAAAGUCUAUGUCAAUUUUAUUUUGAAAAGAUGUUCCUUUGGUACUCAACUUUCAUAUCAUGUUCCCACAAAACCAUCUCAGAUAUGGAAAGCAAGCUAUUUGCUCACCAGAUAUGUAUGAGAGAAUCUACUAUAUGAGUUUAGUUAAACUUUUCAAUUAUUCAUAUAUCUAUUCAGCAGUAUGCCAUAUUUAGUUUAAAACAAGCUUUCAGAAUCAAAAAGUUUAGGGGAGUUUGUGUCUUUUUUGCAUUCAGUACAGUCAUUUUCAUUGAAGCAUAUUUCUGUGUGUAAAGAUUCUUUUAAAAAAUAUGUUAUGUAUUCAAAUGACAUUUGCACAUUGUAUUAUAGUACAUGUCACUUAAAAUACCAUUCCUCCUGACUAUUCUCAGACUGGUGCUCCUGCUUUUGAAGGGAAAAUGCCCAUUUUUACUGUAAUGAGUGAUGUAUCAUAAUUAAAAAUAAUAUUUAUUUGGAUUUUCCUGAUAAUUGUUGUCAAAAUGUUAAUUAGUAGGGUUUUUUGAAUGCAAAUUGUAUGUAGGAUAGUGAAAUAACCAUAUAAAACAGUGAUGACUCUUAUUGGUCAACACUGUGUUGGUAAUAGUAUCUCAGAAUAGGUUAAAGGCUCCAUCCCAGACACUGGCUGCUCAAAAUGUCUAUGUAAUUUAAAUGGGAAAAAGGUACACAAUUAUAUAUCAUCCAUGCUAUAUGAGAGUCACAAAGUUGGUUAGCAUAUCUCUUGGAACCUAUCUUGAAUUUUGAGCAAAAGGAUGAUAAGACUGUGAAAAAAGAUACUAGUUUUCAAGCUGGGUAAGAUUCCAUUUUAUUCAAUUAACCAGCAUUUAUUAAGCACUUUCUAUAUUCAGGGCACUGUGUUUAGUGCAAGAGAUGUAAGGGAAAAUAAUGCCAUUCCUCCACUCAAAGAAUUUAUAUGCUGCUAUGUGAUGUGUCACAUACAUAGACAAAUAAAGAUAAAACAAUUUAAGGAGGAAGAAAGCAUUGGCAAGUAUGGUACCAGAAAAAGAUUCAUGGAUAUUGUAGCAACUGAACUUAAUCUGGAAGGAAUCUUUGCUGAAUGAAGGUAAAAUAUCACAUAAGAAAAUUCACAUUUUAUUUAUUUCUCUAGUAAAGACUUUGAAAUCUGGCGUUUUAAAUGAUUGUGAGAAAUCUUUGGCUUAUAGGACUACCAAGAAGUAUUGUAAUCCAGCUCUAUGAUCUUGACAAUGUGAGAAUAGCCUUGAUUCCCUCUGAAAUUUCUCCAAAUAGAUACAAAGACUCAUGUUCCAUGAGAGACAAAAAUCUAUGGCUUUCCUUGAUUGUUGUUGGAAGUGAUUUCAUUAUGUCUGACAAAUGGAGUAUCUCUAUCUCCAUCUAGGAAUUCAGCAACAGUAUUCUAUUUUCAUAACAUGGCUGUGUAUUCUUAUGCUACAAAUGAUCCAACAGCAGCAGUAAUGCAUUUUCCAAGAGUUGAUUAUAGCCUCUUUUAGUUGUGGGAUUAUUUAAAAUUGCCAAGUGCAAAAUGGAUGAAUGUAGGCAAGUCAGAUUCUCUCUGGGCUUCAUUUUCCUCAUCCAUAAAAUGAGGGAAUUGGACUAUAUGACCUCUAGAGUCCCUUCCAUCUCUAAAUCCAAGAUGGGAUUAUCUUAUUUGAUCCUCAUGAUAGCCUGAAUUAAAUAGAAUGGAUAUUAAUACUUCCAUUUUACUGAGGCUCAGAGAAUUUUAAAGUGACUUCCAAUAGAUCAUGCAAUCAGCAAAUGGUGGAGUUAGGAUGAAAAUCUCAGUCUUUUUUCUAGCACUAUUUUCACUCUGCCUCAAAAAAACUCUCAGAAGUUGUAAAGGCUAAGGAAGAGACUUAGAAAAUGGGGAUGAGCACAGGAGGAGGAAGAAAGGAUUGAAGAAGAAAGGGAAACAGAAGGGAAUCAGAAUAGUUUCUUUCCCAAAAUAGCUAUCAAUAUGACCCACCAAGUUAGGUCAUUUUUCUCUUGACAUUCACUUUCCAAGGACCAAAUCUUUUGUACAUCUAUUUCCAGUUGACAGUAAUUGACUUACUACUGUGUUAGAAAGGUUAACAAUCUCCAUUAAAUAAAGACUGCAUGGAAUAGUCGUUAGAGUAUUGAACUUCAAGUCAGGAAAACCUGGGUUUGAACCUCACUUCUGACACUUAACUAGCAGUGGGACACUAGGCAAGUCACUUAAUAUUUCUGUGCAACUCUCUAGACUCAGGGAGAUAGUGUUGUAUCUCAGUCCAAGAACUGGAUUCAGAUCCUAAUUCUACUUUUUUAACACUCAUAUGACUGUGGACAAGAAACUCCUUCUGCAACCUCAGUUUCCUCAACUGUAAAAUGUUAUAGCUGACAUUUAGUGAACCCUCAAGAUUCCUUCUAACUCUGAAUCUACACUCCUAUGAUGUACUAAGUCAUAGAUUGCAUCCUACAUUGGUGCAUUUUUAUGAAAUCACCCAUCUUUCAUGUGAUCACACAAAGACAUAUUGAAUCAUGUUCUAAAUUUCAACAGGUGGGUGGGAUUUUGGGCAUAUUCAAAAGCACAAUUCUGUUUAAAAAAACUGAUGUAGAUAAAUCUGAGUAAUAUCAAGUCAUAAUCAAAGAUCCUUGGGUUAACUUUAUACAAUAUAGUACUUAUUGAUCCCACCAUAUGGAAAAGCAUAUUAUACAUACAUGUAUAUAAUUAAUACCAAAUGUCAGGAAAGAGCCCUUAACCUAGAUACUAUUACUCAGAAUAAUGGGGGGAAAGAGUUAAAAUAUGAACAUGUAAAAACUGUAUAUAUAUAUACUGUCAAGAGAAUAAGCAAAUACACAUCUUUCUGAUGAAGACAUGUCUCCUUUUUAUUCUAGGUCCUUAGGGGCCCAGGUCACUAUCAAUUGGUCUACCUGAAAAUUUCAGAUACCUGUUUGCUUGACAGGAAAGCUGCACAUGCUUAUUCUGAUUUCUAAGAUGACUUAAACGGCUCUUUUAUGUUAAAAGAGAGGUGAACCUUCUUCAACAGACUGUGUCUAUUCAACUUCUAACUGGGCCUCUCUCUUCUCAGGAUGUACCCCAGCCAAAUAUUUCGGGUUAGAUCUACCAUACAAUUUCCUUUAUGAACCAGCAGUGGGAAAGAGGGUAGGGGGGGAAGUGGGGGAUGGGGGUGGGGAUCAGUAAGGGAGGGUGGGAUAAAGAAGAAUGAGGAGGAUGCUCUGCUGUGUACUGUAUUUUUCAAAUAAAAUUUUUAAAAUGAAUAAAAAAUAAAGUUCAAUUUUUUUCCAA